GAUUUGAACUCCCUCACAAUCUUAUAUUUAUGGCGCACUCUAGUUUUGCACGGUCUCUCUCAGAAGUGAGCACCACUGAUGGUAGCCUAUGUCGAACACUUUUGGACGCAACACGUAGUUCCGGAGACAGUAGUUCAACGGCCGCCUCUUUGCUCUUCUCCUCCAUGGGCAUCAAACGAAAGACACCCACACGAACGCCUUCUAGGCUACCAUUAACUCCGUCUUGCAAAGAAAGUGAGCAGCGAAGUAUUCCAAGCAGCCGAAAAACACCUAAUAUAUUGUCAAAAACGCCAAAUAGUUCCUCUGGGAGUAGAUCUCGUAUUGAACGUGGAGACAGAUUUAUCCCGAACCGCCAGUCGACCGAUAUUGCUCGUGCUCAACACGCGAUUAAAGAAAACAAUGAGAACAAAUGCAUCGAGGACCCGGACUAUCAACGAGCCGUUGCGGGGACUCUUCUCAACGGAGAUUUAGAUGGAACUAGAAUUUUACGAUUCAAAUCAGUUGCCCACGAUGUGACUCGGGGCGUCACUGUGCCGCCGAUUCCUGUAGCCACAUGCAACGCUCCCAACAAUCGUCGUAUUCCUCGGAUGCCCGAAAAAGUGCUCGACGCUCCAGAAAUCAAAGACGAUUUCUACCUUAACAUUCUUGAUUGGUCUGCUGACGAUUUUCUGGCUAUUGCCCUGGGUUCGGAGGUAUAUUUGUGGAAUGCGUCGUCGGGUGAGAUCACAUGUCUAACGUGUACAGCUGUCUUUGACGAAUACGUAACCAGUGUAUCUUGGUCACCGGACGCUGCACACGUUUUGGCCGUAGGAUUGAGUGGCGGACGUAUCCAACUGUGGGACACAACAACCCAAUCGGUGCUACGAACAAUGCGCUUGGGUGAGGCGGGAGUGGCUGGCCGUGUGCCCGUAGUGACUUGGCGUGAGCACAUUGUCACGAGUGGAUGUCGUUCUGGACACAUUCGGCAACACGACACUCGAUCUCCACAGCACGAGGUUGGCUUCAACGACUUCCACACGCAGGAAGUCUGUGGCCUUGCGUGGUCCCCUGACAAACGGUUCUUGGCCUCCGGUGCGAACGAUAAUUGUGCGGCCGUGUGGCCCGAUUCCAUCAUCUCUCAGCGCACUACAUCUCAGCCUGUAGUAUCACUCGCAGAGCAUCAAGCUGCAGUCAAAGCUCUCGCAUGGUGUCCCUGGAAGAACAACUUAUUGUGCACUGGCGGAGGCACCGCGGAUCACACGUUACGCUUCUGGAACGCGAGUACCGGGAAGUGUGCCAAAUCCGUGGAUGUAGUCGCACAAAUCUCUGGAAUCAUUUGGAACAGUGACUAUCGGGAAAUCGUGACAUCACAUGGUACUCCAAAGAAUCAGCUGGUCAUCUGGCGCUAUCCCGAUAUCACUACGGUGGCCGAGCUUAUGGAGCACCAGGGACGCGUACUUUGCAUCGCGUCCUCACCGAAUGGCGAAAUGGUCGCAAGUUGUGCAUCAGACGAAACGUUACGAAUAUGGCAGUGCUUCGAAGUAGACCACUCGAACAAGUGGGCUCAGGAAAAGGUUAUGCGGGCCUCCGUCCUCACACGCAGUCUACGCUAACUAUGUCCCUUUCCGAUAGGAUGACUUUCUCUCCCAUCUAUUUUUAUGGCCCCGCUGUCUUUUACCUCCUCCAUAUGUUCCUUGUGAAUAAAUGACGUUUUAGAGUUUUCGCGUCG